GAAAAAUCAGUUAGAAGUGGUGGGAGAUGAUAUUGACGCUGUGACACUGACAAAUUUGCUCAGAAAGAAUUUGAGGCAGGCGGAACUGGUCAGCGUAGGCCCUGCUUCUGCUGCUGGUGGCGGCAAUAAGGACAAAGCUGGUUCUGAUACGAAGCCUCAAGCUUCUGCUGCGGCCAUGUCACAGUGGCAAACUCCCUAUUACUACACCUAUCCUCAGUACCCAGUUUAUCAAGUUAGAGAUUCAUAUGAUCAUCAACCUGGCUGUUCUAUUAUGUAAACACAAACGCGGAUUAUAUUAUCCCACUUCAAACAUGUAAUGUGCGUGUAAAGAAAAUGUCGUAGAAAUGAAAAUUAAUGAAGCUUGGCCAGCAUAGACUGCAUAUAAAUGCUGCACUAAUUCUUAUUGUUGUCGCUAGAAGUGGGCAUACAAAUGAGUGUGACUAGAUUAGAUGAUGUAUACAUAAAUUAAGUUAUUACUAUAUAUUAGAAAUGGGAGUUCAUA